AUGUCCACGUCGUCUACUCCUGCAACUGUCUCAUCUUCACACCUGACACCAGAUCAACUCACAAUCAUCGUGGCUUCUAUCUCCUGCCUGGUGUUUUUUGUGGUGAUCCUAGUGUUGCUGACUAUCCUGUAUCGGAAGGACCCGCUCUGCUGCAAAGUCAGGUCUUACCAGGAAUCGCAUCAGUACUCUGAAGCCCCACCUCAGUACUACAGCAGUAGGCAGACGCUUGUGGGGUCUCCAUAUAAUGAACAGAGCUCAGAGAUGGCCUACGACAACAUGAGUACUGAGCAGCCAGGACAGCUGUUUGUCAUCGGGCAGCCCAGCAGCUACCAUCUGCCAUCCUUGGAAGUGCCUCUCCCUCGCCCGCCCUCCUAUGAGAGUGUUCGCAAAAAGGACCGCCAGCGGCAGAUCCACAUGAUGAUUGCAGACCGAUUUGGCCUCAAUGCCCCCAAUAUAACUGAGCCACCCCCCACUUAUGAAGAGUCCAUUCGUCAGUCUGUGGAGCUGUCCUCUGUCAGCUUUGGGUCUGGCGAUGCAGAAACCCCAAUACCUCCAGCGGCUCUGUCAUCCCUUGGUACACACUCCACUGUACCACCCCACUCAGAGAGCCAACAGAACCCCUCCACCUGCCCAGAAUCAAACACCUGA